GUCAAGUAGUUGUCCGCUAGCUUGACAGCUCUGUAGUUCGGAGAGAGCUAUGGCUGACACUCUUUGUUGACCAAGUGGCCGUAGUAUUGCAAUUAUAAUAGUGUUCUGGUGGCGCGACGGCGACCACUACCGUCAUUUCUACUAAUUCUUCUCACGGGUAGAACGAAAGUGGUCGCGUUCGCCUCCCCAAGAGGGCCUUAAUUCGCGGUUAGCUAACGCGAGGGUGUUAGCUCCGCUCCGCUAGGAUGUCGCUGCACGGCAAGAGAAAAGAAAUCUACAAAUACGAGGCGCCAUGGACGGUCUACGCCAUGAACUGGAGCGUGCGGCCGGACAAACGCUUUCGCUUGGCGCUGGGAAGCUUCGUGGAAGAAUACAACAACAAGGUCCAGCUGGUGGGUCUGGAAGAGGAGAGCUCAGAGUUUGUGUGUCGGAACACCUUCGACCACCCGUAUCCUACAACCAAGAUCAUGUGGAUCCCGGACACUAAGGGGGUCUACCCGGACCUGCUGGCCACCAGUGGGGAUUACCUGCGCAUCUGGAGGGUCAGUGACACAGAAACACGUCUCGAAUGUUUGCUGAACAACAACAAGAACUCAGACUUCUGCGCGCCGCUCACAUCCUUCGACUGGAACGAGGUGGACCCUAACCUGCUGGGCACGUCCAGCAUUGACACCACCUGCACCAUCUGGGGUCUAGAGACAGGUCAGGUUCUAGGCCGCGUCAACCUGGUGUCGGGACACGUCAAGACGCAGCUCAUCGCCCACGACAAAGAGGUGUACGACAUCGCCUUCAGUCGGGCGGGCGGUGGCCGCGAUAUGUUUGCCUCAGUGGGCGCCGACGGCUCGGUGCGCAUGUUUGACCUGCGGCAUCUGGAGCACAGCACCAUCAUCUACGAGGACCCCCAGCACCACCCGCUGCUGCGCCUCUGCUGGAACAAGCAGGACCCCAACUACCUGGCCACUAUGGCCAUGGACGGCAUGGAGGUUGUGAUCCUGGACGUGCGUGUGCCGUGCACGCCGGUGGCUCGCCUCAACAACCACCGAGCCUGUGUCAACGGCAUUGCUUGGGCACCACACUCCUCAUGUCACAUCUGCACUGCAGUAGCCGACGACCACCAGGCUCUGAUCUGGGACAUCCAGCAGAUGCCGCGUGCCAUCGAGGACCCCAUCCUGGCGUACACGGCCGAGGGCGAGAUUAACAACGUGCAGUGGGCGUCCACGCAGCCCGAUUGGAUCGCCAUCUGCUACAACAAUUGUCUGGAGAUCCUGCGUGUCUGAAUGGAGAAUUCCUUCUUCUGUGGACUCGGAGUGAACUGUUUCGAGUGGACAUACUCCGCAAUAAGCCUGGCUUUUUUGUCUUUGACGCCAUUUCUCUUCUUCUUCUUCUACUACUUCUACAUGUGCUCCAGCUCUUUAUUUAUUCUGCUCUCCAGGUAGAUGUCUUGUAGUACCAAGGAGCUUCAGUUCUACAGUGACAAGAAAAUGAAUAAUUGCACCACGAUUUGUCAUAUUUUUUAGGGGGGAAAAUAUUUAACAAACGGUAUAUUUUAGAGAUGUUUUAAAUAUAUUUCUUAGUGAAAAAAUUCCGAAAUUUUUGAGGGAAGAAAUUACUGAGAACAUUUUUUUAAUUGGUGGCACGGUGGACGACUGGUUAGAGUCUCAGCCUCACAGUUCUGAGGACCGGGGUUCAAUCCCCGGCCCCGCCUGUGUGGAGUUUGCAUGUUCUCCCCGUGCCUGUGUGGGUUUUCUCCGGGCACUCCGGUUUCCUCCCACAUCCCAAAAACAUGCAUGAAUUGGAGACUCUAAAUUGCCCGUAGGUGUGAAUGUGAGUGUGAAUGGUUGUUUGUUUGUAUGUACCCUGUGAUUGGCUGGCAACCAGUUCAGGAUGUACCCCACCUCCUGCCCAAUGAUAGCUGGGAUAGGCUCCAGCACGCCCGCGACCCUAGUGAGGAGAAGUGGCUCAGAAAAUGGAUAGAUGGAUGGAUUUUUUUAAUUUCAGGGAUUUUUUUUUUUCGUUUGAUCGAAAAUCUGUUAUUUUCUAGAGAAGUCGUAAUUAUAUAUAUAUAUAUAGAUUAUAUUAUAUAUUGAAGUCAAAAUUUAACAGGAAAUGGUGUGUGUUCUUUACAAUUAUCAGAAACUGGAGUGAACAUUACUACUUGAUGAGCCAGCAUCUUUAUCACAGUGUCAGACUAUGCUUGUAAAAUAUCGUAAGAAAAUCUCAAAUAUCAAACACAUUUUUCUAAGAAAUCAGAUUUUUUUUCUUUUUUGUGUGUGCCCUGUGAUUGGCUGGCAACCAGUUCAGGGUGUACCCUGUCUCCUGCCCGAUGAUAGCUGGGAUAGGCUCCAGCACACCCGCGGCCCUAGUGAGGAGAAGCGGCUCAGAAAAUGGAUGGAUAUAUGGAUAUAUUUUUAAAUUCCCAUAGUUUUCUUGAUUUUUUUUUCUUGAAUUUUUUUUUUUCCUCAGAUGUCUUUUUUCCCUGAAAUUUUGUUUGUCUCAAACUUUCCCCUCUCCAAUACUUCAUUGUUUAAAUUUUUCCCCUCUAAAAUCACAUUUUUCCUGGAAAAUAACACUGCUUCCUUGAAAAUAUACAUUUUCCUCCUAAAAAAUAUACGACUUUAAUCUGGUAGCGUUAUUUCUUUUCAAAGUGUCCCUGAUAUUCCUCAGUAUGGUAAUACUUGGAACACAGAAGAAGAUUUUGACAAUAUUCGUGAGAUGAGCUCCAUGAUUUUGGUUGGUUGUUGUGAAGACUGAUUACGGAUUCCACCUUGUUCUUCCACCGGUGGUUCAAGGGUCGCUCCUUAGACUCUUCCCAUGGACAGCAGCAACUCCUGACUGUGUUCAUUUCUUUGUAAACGCCUCAGCUCCUUUUCUUACAUCACUCGCCUGUGCCGAAAAAAAUUACGUUUGUCCUCUCGUCUUGUUCCACGCAUCGAGGUCGUGUCCUUGUAGCAUGCCAUUACAAGGCAAGGAAAAAAAAAAAGUGUACAUACAUAUAAAUUAAUCCAUUUAAACAUGUCCGAUAGGGAAGUGAUCAAGUUGUAGCCUUUUUUUUUUUGCAUUCGGUCUCAUGGAAUUUGCUCUA